UUUUCCUUGUUUCAUUCUCUGAAAACACCCUAAUUUUACAUUCGCGCCGCAUAUAUCUGUUUACACAAAAAUCAAUCAAAUGGCGGUUAGCGAGCUUGCCUGCACAUACGCUUCCUUGAUCCUCCACGACGACGGCAUCGCAAUCACUGCUGACAAGAUAGCAACACUAGUGAGUGCAGCAAAUGUAAGCAUUGAAUCAUACUGGCCAGGUUUAUUUGCUAAGUUGUGCGAGAAGAAAUCUCUUGAUGACCUCAUCAUGAACGUCGGUGCCGGCGGCGGUGGUGGUGCCGUUGCCGUUUCUGCCCCUGCUGGUGGUGCUGCAGACGCCGCAGCUGCUCCCGCUGCUGAAGAAAAGAAGGAAGAAGAAAAGGAAGUGAGUGAUGAUGACAUGGGAUUCAGCUUGUUUGAUUAGGAUGAGAGGUUUUGUUUCAAAAUGUAAUGGUUUCUUCACAAACUCAGGGAACUUAUUUGAUAGUUGUUUUCUGUAUUUCGUUUUUCUGGUGUUAUGAGAUUUUGUAUCUGAAUUCAAUUUUUCACAUAGUUUUCUUUGGGAACAAAGUGAGUUUUGGUUUUGGAUCUUUA